GUUUAGUUUUGAAUUAUAUUUUCAGUUCAUUGUUACAAUGUUUUAUAUUCUAUCAGAAUCUGGGAGUGAUGAGGACCCACUACACCAGUCUAGUGAUGCAGAACCGACUGCAAAGAAGCCGCGCACAGCUUAUAAUGCUUUUGCCGAAAAGAUGAUGGCCAAGAUGGGCUACAAAGAAGGCAAAGGUUUAGGAAAGAAUGCACAAGGUCGGGUGAACAUUGUAGAAGCUUCCAUGCAGAGGGGGAGGCGUGGUCUAGGAUUGACGCUGAAGGGGUUGGAGCCUUCAAUGGACAUUGAGUGGAAAGAAGAGGAUGACCAGGUUAUCAUAGAUGAGGUGGUAGAGUGGCUGCCAAGCUGUCAGGAGAAUGUACCAUCCAUUGAAGAUCUCAGGACCUGGAAAAAACUCGGCCCUAAAAAACUUACACUAGAUAAUGAGACACAGUUUUGUACAGAGGAGACACUGAAUGGAGUCUUGAGUUGUAAGAGCAUAUUUGACAGACUGGAGCCUGAAGAGAUGAGGAAAGCUAGGACACGGUCCAAUCCAUAUGAAACCAUAAGAGGGGCUUUCUUUCUAAAUAGGGCAGCUAUGAAGAUGGCCAAUAUGGAUGCUGUCCUUGACUUCAUGUUUACAAGUCCGAAAUAUCCAGAUGGGAGACCUAUGGUGGGGCACAAUGAUCUCUUGUAUUUUGCUGACAUCUGUGCCGGCCCCGGGGGAUUCAGUGAGUAUGCGCUGUGGAGAAGUAAGGCAGAGGCUAAAGGAUUUGGUUUGACACUGAAAGGAUCAAAUGAUUUCAAACUGGAGGACUUCUUUGCAGGACCACCAGAGAUGUUUGAACCUUAUUAUGGUGUAGGAGGAAUGGAAGGAGAUGGGGACAUAUUUAGACCAGACAAUCAACAAGCCUUUAUACAGUUUGUCAAAGAAAACACUGAUGGUCAAGGUGUGCAUAUGGUCAUGGCUGAUGGGGGUUUCUCUGUGGAAGGUCAGGAGAAUAUACAAGAGAUCCUCUCCAAACAGUUAUAUCUGUGUCAGUUCCUGGUAGCAGUGUCUGUACUCAGAACAGGUGGGCAUUUUGUUUGCAAGUUGUUUGAUCUGUUUACACCAUUCAGUGUUGGUCUUGUCUAUCUAAUGUACAGAAUAUUUGAACAUGUUUCAAUCUACAAGCCUGUUACAAGCAGACCUGCAAACUCAGAAAGGUAUAUUGUAUGUAAGAGUUUACGAGAGGACCGGGAACCAGUGAGACAAUACUUCCAUGAAAUCAACCUUGACCUCAUAGAACUGCUGCGACCCACCUCAAAGGAGGAUGUCUGUGAAAUAGUGCCAAUGUCAUAUCUACAAAACAAUGACCCUUUCUAUGAGUAUAUGUGUGUUUCCAAUGACAGCCUGGGAAAGCUUCAGAUACUAAAUUUGAAAAAGAUAAGAGCUUUUACACAAAAUACCAAUUUAUAUGAACACCGACAAAAAGAUGUGAGAGCUGCCUUACUCAAGAAAUGGAAGGUAGAGGAUGAGGUGAGAACAGCUCCUGCUAAAUGUCGACCACAGGAGAAAAUUGAACAACUUGUUGGUACAGAGGAGAGUUAUUUUGACCAUGUGACAGAGAAGUUGACGGUAGACAAUUUACGUACAAUCAAAGGUGUAUAUGACUAUAGAUGUAUGGUCACGGGUGAUGUUCCUGAAAAACACAUGUAUAUACUUAGUCUAGGGAGAUCAUGGGUAUUUCAUCGCCCUUGUAGACCAAAUGCUCGCUGGACCAAAAUGGAGGAUGGGUUAAAAAUAGAACUUCCCAGAGAUACCUUAAUAGAGGCAGAGAUUGUGAUAGAGCUAAAAGGGGAGGGAACAGGACAGAGGAAAAUAACCACCAUGCAUACUCUAGAUGCACUGUUCCUGUAUGGUAAAGAUGUGAGAAGUUUACAUUUCAAUGAAAGAAUACAGAAAUUAAGGAAAUUUACAAAGGCCAUUACUAAAUUAACUAGAAGUGACCUUGUAAGACUGGUAGUACCGGAAGUGUUCAGGUUUGAGGAAAUUGACCAAAUAUUUAACAGAUUGCAGUUGAAGAGAGUGAAAGGUGGAGGACAGUGGGGCAAAUUGUGUUACUGUCCUAAGGAUAGUGUAGAUGAUAGAUUCUUCCGACCUACAGGCAUAAACAUCAUUAGGACUGUCAAAGAACCAUGGACUAUGCAGUGGAGUAGAUCACAGGGCAGGAAGUAUUUCUUCAAUUUACAUAAUGGAGAAUCCAAGUUUGACUGUCCAACAGAUAGUAUUGCUAAUGUCAGAUCAACCAAGCUACACAGUUUUCACUGGGCAUGGGAAGAGGGUGUUAAACUGAUUGAGGGACAGCAAGGUCGGGAGGACGACUCUAAAUUAUCGAAAGCCAAUGUGAUGGAGUAUCUACACAGACUGAUGCCACAUAGAUGACAGAUGCCAAUCAAAACUGUCAAUCAUAUCAUAGUCCCAGCAAGUGCUUGUGCCUGACAUGGUGUCAUAACUUUAUCUGACAUAGUGUUGUGAUUGAACCUGCCAUUGUGUCAUGAUAAUUGACAUUGUGUGACAUGGUGUAAUGUUAACUUACAGAAUGUUAUGAUAAUGGUUUGGUGUAAUGAUAAUUGACUUUGUGUCAUGACAGCUGUUAAUGAUAAGUGAGAUAAUGUCAAGAUAAUUGUUGCAUUGAUAAUUGGCAGUUAUUUUGUCAUUGGUUUUACUAUUGGUCAUAGCUUUUACCACUGAAUCUUAAACCAAAGUUUGUUAAGUUUUUGAAAGUUGGAUAUUUUGAAGUUGAAAAUCUUAAAUUUGACAGUACUAUUGAAUAUAUAGAGAAGAUGAAGUUUCAUGUUUGACAUCAAACAAAUAUUGGAAGGACUAUUCUGUGCUAUUGUGUUCUUUAACUUUUUACCUUAUUGGCACAUCGUUAGAGUGUCUCAGUUUUAAUAAGUUAGAAUAUUUUAUUUAUGCGAUGGCAAGGGUAACUUGUAGAUGUCAUUACAUGUGAUAGUUUAGUUUCAGACAAACAGAAAUUGCUUACAGUGCUAAAAAUGAGUGACUUGAGUGAAAAUGUUGUACAUAGAAAAUACUUGCAAGAUUGCAGACAAUUUAGCUUGUAGUCACCAUAAGGAAGCUACUAUUUUAGUUUAACUUUUACCCUGCUCAAUUUCUAAAAUGGACUGGUCUAGCAUUCAGUUUGGGCAGUACCAUUUAUUAUUUGAAGGGGUGUUCACUGAAAGUUUACUGACCGACGUGCAGGCUGAUCUUGGUCUGCACUGGUUGCAAAAGCAAAUCACUUGCCACCAGCAGGCUAAAGGUUGAAAAAUAAAACAAUAAAUUUUCUAACUAAUUCUGAAUGUAAAGUCGUUUUUUCAAUGAAAAUAAUACAGGGAGGUUAAAAGUCAAGUUUUUUUAGUGUCAUUUUGAGUUUUUGAUAAAACACAUCGCUCUUUUUUUUCUCAAACCACAGCGGGGAGAACAAAAAUGAAUCGAUGUUGAAGAUUAUGUCCGACCUUUAUAUUUUAGUUAUAUCUAUAAAUAAAUGUCCAUUUACAUGUCUCAGUCUAACUUCUUUAAAGCAUUAUUCAGUAUCUUUAAAGUGACCACCUCUUGAAACACUGAAAUGUGUUGGUUAUAGAGAGAAUGUUGCUCCAAGUAAAGGUGAACAUAGGAUUUGCAGAUAAAAUGUCCCCAUAACUUCUGAUCAUUCAAAAAAUAACUCUUAUGUAAAAUAAUUAGCUUUUAUUAAAUUUGUGUCUAAUCUACUAAACAAUGUCACAUAAGGUAUAGCAAUUAUAUAAGUUGUUUCCUAAUUACAAUUGCAUAUCUGAUAUAAAGUGUAAAGUAAAAAAAAAACUCAGUUGCAACGGAAGUAUAUGUUAGAAGUUUUAGAUACACAAUCCUGAUGCUAAAAAAAGCUCAUAUAUGUACCAAAGAAUUGUCUUUAAGUAGGACAUAUACCCUAUCAGUUGAUGAUUUUUAGCUCACCUGAGCACAAAGUGCUCAUGGUGAGGUAUUGUGAUCUGUGUCCAUCGUCAACAAUUGUUUAAAAGACAUCUCCUCCAAAACCACUAAAUGGAUUUUGAUGAAACUUGGCAUGGAUGGUCUUCUACAAAAAUUGUUCAAAUGAUUCCGCUUGGUUGCACAUAGGGUCCACGAGCUAAAAAUAGAAUAUUCUUCAAACGACAUCUCCUCCUAAACUGAUGGUUCGAUUUUGAAAUAGUGUCAUACAAAUGGUCCUUAUGUCACCCUCUACCAAGAUUUUUCAGAUUAUUUCGAUUCGUCAAAAAAUUUGGCUGCCACAGGGCGUGGUCACUUUUCCCUAUAUGUAUAUAAUGGAAACUUGAAAAAUCUUUUUGUGUGAAACUGCUAGCACGAUUUUAAAAUAAUUUUACACAAUUGGUCCUUGUGUGACCCUCUACCAAGAUUGUUCAAAUUAUUAUGAUUCGUCAAAAAACAUGGCUACCAGGGGGCGUGGUCACUUUUCUGUACAUCUAUAUAGUAGAAAUUUAGAAAAUCUUGUAUAAAACUGUUAGCCCAGUUUUAAAAUAAUUUCACAGAUAAUUGUCGUUGUGUAUCCUUGUACAAAUAUUGCUCAAAUUUUUCUGAUUAGUAAAAAAAACAUGGAUGCUAGAGGGCGUGGUCACUUUUCAUCAACAAUUUCUUUAAACAACAUCUCCAAAACCAUUGAAUGGAUUUUGAUGAAACUUCACUUAAAUGACCUCUUGUUGCCCUCUUUAAAAAUUGUUUAAAUUAAAUGGUUCCGGGUCAUUGAACAUAUGGGUCAUUUUGGUUAAGAAUAGGUUUUCAGAUAUCAGAGCUUUGAUAUUUGGCAUGUGAUAUAAGGGUUUGACUCUCUACUAUACUUGUUCAAUUAUUGCCCUAAGGUAAAAAAGAAAUGGCCAUGCCCCUGUGUGUGACAUGUACAUUCUAUACUAGGCUUAUAUAUAAGAAAUUUGAAAAUCUUCUUCUCUGAAUCAAUAAUAGCUAGACCAUGAUAUUUGGUGUGUGAUAUCAGAGUUGUACUGUCUACUGUAAUUGUUCAAAUUAUUGCUGUAGGUUCAAAAAUGUGUGUGACAUGUAUAUAAUAUAGGCUAGAUAUAGAAGAAACCUAACUCUGUACUUGUACCAUAACGUUAUACAAAGACACUUGAAGCCUAAUACAACAGGUGAGCACUUUAGGGUCAAUGACACUCUUGUUAUAGGAAUUCUAUUCUAAUGUAGAUCUAAGGGUCUGUUUUUGAGACCAGUCUGCAACAUUUGUGACCAGAUACUUGAUAAUUGCAUCCAUAAACUCAGCUUUAUUACCCCUUAAAGCAUGGACUAUCUAAAAUGACUGCUGCAAUUAUGAGCAAACUUUCAGAUAAUAUAUUAUCAUAUCCACACUUACUCUUCGUGAAAUCAUUUAAUGGUUGAAACAACAACUUGUUAAUGUAUAUUAUUCACUAUGUACAGUUUCCAAAGGAAAUUGAAUAAAAGGAAAAACUUCA